AUGAAGGAAGAAGACAUAGACAUCAAUGUCGGUUCUCGAGAUUUGUCGGACCCAACACUUUCCGUCGAGGAUGCAAAAUCAAUCAAUAGUGAUGAUGCCUUGCUAUUGAGUAUGGGCAAGAAGCCCGAGUUGCGUCGAGUUUAUAACUUUUGGACGUUAUGCGCCUACCAAAUCAUGAUCUCUUGCAGUUGGUCAUGCCUGGUGGUAUUGUACUCGACCAUCUUUGACAUCGGUGGACCAUUCUGUCUACUUUGGGGGACCCUCUUCGUCGCCGUCGGUCAAACCUUACUCAUGACCUCCCUCGCCGAAUACGCCAGCUUGUGGCCCACGGCAGGAGGGCAACAAUACUACACCCAAGCCGUCGCUACGGGACCUACGAGACCAUUCUUGUCGUACGUGGUGGGAUGGGCGGUCAUUGUCGGAGAAAUAUCCACGGGUUCGAGUUGCGCUCUCAACAGUGCUGAUAUCAUUGCUUCCUUUGUCCAAAUCACCCACCCGGACUUUACGUGGCAUCCCUGGCAUACUUGGCUCAUAUAUAGUGCCUUCCUCAUCGGUCCGAUUGUGAUCAAUUUAAAACAAAGAUGGCUUCCGGCAAUGAACUUGUUCGGUGCCGGAUGGAUGAUUUUCGGAGGUGUUGCUUGGGCAAUUGUUUUUGGUAUCAUGGCGAAACCAAAGCACGACGCAAAGUUCAUCUUCACCGAGUUCAUCAACAAUUCUGGUUAUACCAGCAAUGUCUGGGUGUUUAUCAUGUCCUUCUACACUCCCAUGUAUGGUUUAUACGGGACCGAUGGGAUGAUGCACUUGGUCGAAGAGAUGAAGAAUGCAUCAAAGGAAGCUCCUCGUGUGAUGGUGUGGUCAAUGGUUUUCUGUAGCAUCACGAGUUGGCUGGCGGCUGUUCUCAUGAUGUGGACGGCGGGGAAUUGGGAGUCAUAUAUGACAGCAUCUCAACCAUACAUGAACUGGUGGAUGGACGUCACACACUCGGUGUAUGGAGGAGGAAUUUUCUGUGCUUUGAUCAUGAUGGGUCUGAACUUCUUCAUCAUUGUCGGCACCAAUCUCGCCGGUUCACGUCUUGCAUGGAGUAUGGCGAGAGACAAAGGACUGCCUUAUUCGGAGUACUUUGCUCAUGUCAGCACGAGAUUCCAUAUCCCUUUGAGGACGAUGGUGGCCAUUUUGAUCAUUGACCUAGUCAUUGGCUUGAUCGUUCUAGGUAGCGACCUCGCAUUCCAAUCCAUCAUAUCCGGUGGAGGAGUGACUUUACAGAUCGGCUAUGUGACACCCAUCAUUGUGGUUCUCAUCCGUGGACGCAAGAUCUUGCCAGCACGACCAAACUUCGAUCUCGGUAAAUGGGGAUAUCCUAUCAACAUAAUCAGUGUCUGCUGGUCCCUGGUCGUCAUUGCAAUGUAUCUUUCGCCCUUGUACGUGCCGGUAACGAUCGCCACCAUCGACUACAUGAACUGGUCAUGUUUGAUUGUCGGUGCGACAAUAAUAUUUCCCGGGAUUUAUUGGGUUUGGAGGGCACGGUUCAGAUACAUCAAAGAGGGCAAUUCUGUCUUGACUGAUAAUGUUGUCUUUAUCGAUGGUGUUGCUAUUGGUGGGAGCGAAGCUUUACGAGCUGCUGCUAUGGCGAAAUGA